CUUCAUUGUCACAACAAGAAGUGAAUAGUCCGUUUAAUACAUCCGCCUGAGGCCGCAGGUGUUGGUGCAGCUGGAGGGGUUAAAUAUCAGGCUAACAUCUUCCAAUCAUGCUGCUAACGUUCCUCUUUGCCGCCGCUUGCGUUUCUCAAGCGGCGGCUCGGUACACCGCGGACUGGACGAGUUUGGACGCCAGACCGCUGCCUUCUUGGUACGACGAGGCCAAGCUGGGGAUUUUUAUCCACUGGGGUGUGUUUUCUGUUCCGGGCUUUGACAGCGAGUGGUUCUGGUGGCACUGGCAGGGCCAACAGCCUCCGGACCAGAAGUGUGUGAGCUACAUGUCCCAGAACUACCCGCCCGGGUUCAGCUACCCGGAGUUUGCGCCUCAGUUUCACGCUCAGUUCUUCAACCCGGAGGAGUGGGCGGACAUAUUCAAGGCCUCUGGUGCAAAGUAUGUGGUCCUGACUGCCAAACACCACGAGGGAUUUACUAACUGGGGGUCUCCCAACUCCUGGAACUGGAAUUCCGUUGAUACUGGUCCUCACAGGGACCUGGUGGGAGACCUGGCAGAGGCAGUGCGCAUCAGGUCACUGCACUAUGGACUCUACAACUCCUUGUAUGAGUGGUUCCACCCUCUCUACCUGAAUGACAAGAAGAAUGGAUUCAAAACACAGGAGUUUGUGAUGCAUAAACUGCUGCCAGAGCUUUAUAACAUGGUUGUCAGGUACAGACCUGAGGUGAUCUGGUCUGAUGGGGACUGGGAAGCACCUGACACGUACUGGAACUCCACCCAGUUCCUGGCCUGGCUCUACAAUGACAGCCCUGUUAAAGAUAUGGUUGUGACCAAUGACAGAUGGGGAGCUGGCUGUGCGUGUAAGCAUGGCGGCUACUAUAACUGUGAAGACAAGUAUACUCCAGGCGAACUGCCCAAGCACAAGUGGGAGAAGUGCACAUCUGUGGACAGGUUUUCCUGGGGUUACCGACGGAACAUGAGGAUGAGUGAAGUAAUGGACUUACCCACCAUCACAGAGGAUCUGGUUCGCACUGUGGCUCUGGGAGGUAACUACCUUCUGAAUGUUGGUCCCACCCCUGAUGGGAUGAUCCCCACUGUGUUUGAGGAGAGGCUCAGGGGUCUUGGAGCCUGGCUACAGAUCAACGGGGAGGCUAUUUACGCUUCUAAGCCCUGGAGGGUCCAGACAGAGAACACCACUGUGCCAGUCUGGUAUACAUCUAAAGGGACCACUGUCUAUGCCAUCAUGACAGCCAAACCCUCCAAGUCCACAGUGCAACUGCUGGAACCCAAAACAUCGAAAACCACCAAGGUGACCUUACUGGGGAAUCCAGAGUCUUUGCCCUGGUCCCCAGUCUACCCCAAUUCUGGCCUUAUUGUCCUUCUGCCUGAGCUGCCCUUUACCCCUGGUCGGGCCUGGACACUGAGACUGGACGGUAUCCAGUGAGCCUUAAACACCUGAAGUUCAACCUCUGCAAAGCUGAAUAUUUAGAAUGUAAUAAACUCAGGUUUUUAAUAUUGAUUGCAGUAUAAGGGGAAACUUGUGCACUGCGAUUGAGGCGACACCGCUUGUGUAAUGGAUUUCUUAUUUUUGCCAAAAUGAAAUGAUGGACGGCUCCUCUUCAGUGAUUCCUUUGUUGCUCUGAGGUUUAAUGUGUCACUGCCUCUAAAUCGUGACUCUUGUUUUUAAUGACUGAAUGAUUCUGAAUGAAAAGAGGAAUCUGCUGCUCAGCUUGUGAAGCUUCCCCCGGCAGCUUCUCAUGUGUCCAACUGCUUUUUCACAAAUGAGUCAUUUUCCAGUGGUUUGUGUAAAAAUGAACAGUUUACCUACAAAGCACUUUUUUAUUUUUAUACUUUUACAGUGGUGGAAUAAAACAUUUCUUGAUUUGUUUGAUGAGCUACAGUUGUAAAAAAUGAAAAACUUUAAGACAUUAAAAUACUGUCAAGAUCCUCUUGAA